AUCCUCUUGUUUUAUUCUCCAGGUUUCUGGUUCACUCGUGUUCUCUUUUCUCUCUUCUUUAAUAAACAUAAUUUUCACAGCAGCAGAUCUCAGUUCAGAUGAUAAACUCCUCCAGAUAUUCCUGCUCGCUUCAAAACUCACGAAUGUGAGGAUGUUAUAGGUAUUUACUGAACUGAUUCAAAAUCUGUAUUUUCUCUCUCUUAGAAACUUGUCUAACCGUUUGUAUGAAGGCAGCACACCGACAUAACAACAACAGAGAGCGUGGUGAAACUGAACUUCUUCCUCUGAGGUUUAAUGAUGUUUGUCAAACAAACGUGUGUGUUUAGCGCCUCCCGCUGGACUGGAGCGAAGCGACGAGAGGAAGAAAGACCAGAACGGUGGAGAAGUGUUUUUUUAUUUUUUUAUUGCAACAACAUUACAACCAAACAAGGUACAUGAACACAUUUCCAAAAAUAUCCACAAUUAUUCAGACUUGGUUGAGCAUAACCAGACUUAUACCAACAAACACACUUAAAAAAAAACAAACAAGAAAACAACUACAAAAUGGGCCUUUAAAUUAAAUUAGAUCAUUCCAACAUAGAGAACAGCUUAAGGGCUUUUUUUUAUUCUUAACACAUUUUAAGGAUUUAUAUAAAAGUUUUAGCUCGUUACACCAACUAAUAAAGUUGGGUUUAGAUUUAAACCAUCUGCAUUUGUGAAUAAAAAACCUCCCAAAACAUAUCAGAGAAUUGAGAACAAAUUCUAAAUCUUUGUUUUCAUGAAAAAUACCAAACCUAACUACCUUCACAUUGAAUGGUUGUAAUUCAACAUAUUUGGAACAUAACAAGUUUUGCAUCUCACUACAACAGAAGUGAACUGAAUCACACCAAAAAAAAAAAAAAAAAACAUGCUCUAAAGUUUCAAUACUUGUUUCACAAAAAACACAAUAAUUUGCAUCAAAAUUUAAUUUUAACCUUAAAAAUUCUUUGAUAGGGUAAAUCUCAUUUAAAAUCUUGAAGCACACAUUGGAGAAGGGUUUUCCUGCACAAUAGGAGGCAGCGGUUUUAAGACCCCGCCUAUAUAAGACCCCGGUUAUAGGACCCUAGUUUUUUUCUGCCUGCGCUUCCUACUGAACUGGAUCACCGAAAACACUCAUUUGAGAUGGACGACAUGGACAAUCAGACUGCCAUCAUAAAUGCCCUGGCUGUCCUCCGGAAUGUCUCCUUACAGGAGGCUGAGCAGGUCUUCCUUUCAGGUCUGGAUUAUCAUUGCAGGAUGCUGCAGUGGUUCGCCAUGCUGUGCUGUCAGCCAACCAGAGGACAGCUGCCACCGAGAGAACCACUGAGACUCCUGAUCACCAACGACAGGGCACACUACCCCAGCACCGUAACCCAAUACAGCUGGACAGGUGUCCGAUGGAGAGAGGACUCCCUCACUCACACUAUGGCCAAUGUCAAACACAUGUUCAGCCAACAUGAGAAAGUGACUGUUACACAAAUGGAGUUAGGUGGACACCACCACCGCUUCAAACAGUUCCCGGGGGCUUUGCUCAGAGUCGCUGCUGCUGCCAGAACUCUGUUUAACAUUGGUAUGUCCAGUGUCGAUGAAGCAAACCAGACCGUGAACUCCAUGAAACUGCUGUUUACUGUCUUCCAGAAUGACUUUGCCCAGACUCAGCUGUUUACAGCGUUAAUGACAGACAUGCUGUGGGAGGUUAGCUCCUCCAAUGACAGCCUAACCACGGGUAAAACCCCACCAUACAUGAUGCCCUUAAGCCUUGUGCUAACUGUGUGGCUUACGCCAUCACCACGCCAGCUGACUUGCUACAAAUACACCUGGCCAACUCUCUGGAUAACGCCAUCCUACUGCACAUCAACUCCAAACAUAGGGAAAUGGAUGUGCUCCUGAACCAACCGAUCAGCGAGUCAAGCCAAAUCUACAGACUUAAAGACAUUGUCAAUGUCAGGUUGUGGAACAGCAACACCCUCACCAAGACACACAUUCCAGAUGUGGUGGCCUACCACGACAGCAACACACAUCUGUACCUGGCCCCAAACCUGCACAUGUGUACUUUGACCAAAGACAUUCAUUAUCUCUGUCUUAACAAAUCCUUCCUCAGAGACAACGCUGAAGGAAUCUGUAGGCUGCAACCCCUGGUCAGCGACACAUGCUGCCCUGCCCUGCCGAAGCCAAGUCUCUUACACAAGUCACAGAAAUGCAAGCAGAGAUUGUAGGUGAUAGAUGGCUCGUCAACACUCCUGUGCGUUAAGCUACACUGACCUACAACCAGCAUGACACUGCCACCCGUGUCAACCUGCUUGACCAGAGCAUGUGGAUUCAAGUACCGAAAGGUACCAACACAAUGACAUUUCUCCCGUCGACACAGCCCUCCAAGAACUGUCUCAACAGCCCAUUCUGAACCAGUUACCUGCGGUCCGAGCCCGGACUGCUGCAGACACUGCAUGGUGCAUCUCCACUGUCAUCGGUCACACCCUGACCCUAGCCAAGUCAAAGACCACAACGAACCUCAUCAAACUAAAUCCUCAGCAUUUAUUACAAAUUUGAGAGAGUCCAGAGAUUCCCACGAGAGCAGCCUCAAAGGAGAAACGAAACACCCACAUUCCCGUUUAUUUAAAAUGUAUUGUAAAUAUAUUGACUGUGUUGCCUUUUUGGAUUUAGAUGUCUUUCAUAUGGAGUAUCUGCAAUUUUAUUGUGUGUUAAUCAAACUUUAAAUGUGUGUAAAUCUGCAUAUGAAUGUAACUUCAUGUUUCAAUCAUUUAUAUAUGCCAUUUUUGGUAUCUGUUUAACCGUCAUGCUUUGACGGAUUCACUUAGGCAUAGGAUAUUACAGUAAAAUGUAUUAAUCUGGAGUUACGAACUUGCUAGAAUAUAACUGCUGAAUUCUGAUAAGCCAUAACUCACGUGAGUAGGUGUUUCCCCAGAGACAAAGGAACGUUUUUCCACUUCAGAUCGCGGACCUUCAUUGGUUGUUCAUGCAAACAGAGGCGUGAACCAGUCAAGACAUAAGAACUGAAACAAGGAAGUUCCUCCGGCUCUUGGUCCUCUUCUCUUGUUCUCUUGUUCGACUCUUCUAUCAUCUCUGAUCUCAGCAUGGUGGCUGAGAGAACAGCCCGUUUUCAUGGCUCCUUCGGGAGCUUCCAUCUCCGUUUUCUGUUUAUUUGCCUCUCCCCAAAAGGGAGAUGAACUCUGAAUCAUUUCUGUACUAACUUCACGUUUGUCGGACCUCUGAAACAGCAGCCCAGGAAGACACGCAAGAACACGCCCAGCUACAAAGAACCAUGCACGCAUGCACGCUGGUCUGGCGAGUCACAAAGAGACCUCAUGCAAGUAUUUAUUUUCUAUGGAGAUUUAAAUGCUGCUCAAAAGUUGUCGAUCUGAUUCCUUGUUGUCUUUCAAAAGGUUACUGUCUGUGUUUACCACACUGUGAGAUCAUUCUGUGAUCGCGACCGUGUCUCUCUCAUUCUCUCUUGCUCACACACUCUCUCUCUCUCAUUUGGAUUCCGAUAUGUUUUGUAUCUGUUUACUGUCUGUAUUGUUGUACGCAUAUUUACUCUGUGUGAUUUGUAGUUUGAUGUAGUAUUAGUUCAAUUAUAAAAAACCAAUAUAUAUUCAUGAUUGCUUCUGCCUAAAAUUGCUCACAUCAUGUGUCAA